GGUGGGGUUCUCGAGGCUGGCGCGGCGCACUUUACACCGAGGUUGCAGUGUAGUUUCUGCAGUCGUCAUUGCUGGUGGCUGAGACACUUUGGAACUGUUCUGAUAGUCUGUCGUCGACGCGUUCUGUCGCAUAGUUAACACCUCGUCUCAUAAUGUAUACUGUUCAAUCAGCUACCGAGUAUACCAAGUUGUUUAUCGAUGGAGAGUACGUCGAGUCCCGCUCGGGGGAGAAGCUUGAGCUCCGCAAUCCCAAGGACGACACCAUCGUAACAAGUCACGUGCCCAUCGCCGGCGAGGAAGACGUGGACAAAGCUGUAACUGCUGCCGAAGCCGCGUUCAAUGGUCCAUGGGGUGGAUUUUCGGGGGCAAAGAGAGCGGAAUGUUUGGUGAAGCUGGCUAGCUUGUUGGAAGACUAUCUUGAACCAAUAUUGACACUGGACUCCUUGACGACUGGAAACCCCAUCUCCAUCAUACCGACGCGUGAGAAAAACUAUAUCAAAAACUGCCUUUUAUACUACGCUGGCUGGACCGACAAGCAGAGGGGCGACUACUUCCCGGCCGACGAUGGCUUUGUGAAACUCGUGAGACAUGAGCCUCUUGGUGUAUGCGUCGCAAUCAAUCCUUACAACUCGCCGGUUGCAUCUUUAUUCGUCAAGGCGGCACCAUGUCUGGCAACUGGAAAUGUCCUCAUAGUCAAGCCCUCAGAAAAGUCGCCAUUAGGCUCCCUCGCCAUUGCUCCUUUGUUCGAGCAAGCAGGCUUUCCCAAAGGCGUCGUUCAGGUUCUCAGCGGGGGCGGUACAACUGGGGCACUGCUGUCAAAGCAUAUGAGAGUCAGAAAGAUAAGUUUCACAGGCAGCGUGGCUACAGGAAAGAAGAUCCAGAUUAUGGCUGCUCAAAGCAACCUGAAACGGGUGACCCUCGAGCUCGGGGGAAAGAGUCCGGCCAUUAUUUUUGAAGACGCAAAUAUCGAAAACGCUCUAACUUGGACUAUCAACGGUAUUUUGGCGCGAUCAGGUCAAGUCUGCGUCGCAGCUUCACGAGUCUAUGUGCAAGAAAGUAUAGCUAGCGAAUUCAUCCAGGCCUACAAGGAGAGGAUGCAGGCAGCGGCAAAGCAACUAGGAAAUCCACAGGAUCCUCAGACCACUCUUGGACCUCUUGCUGAUGCAGCCUCUUUCGAAAGGGUGAAAGCCAUGGUAGAACGCGGCAAAACCGAGGCCGAGUUGCUUGCGGGUGGCAAUCAACAAGGCGACAGCGGUUGCUUCAUGGAGCCGACGGUUUUUGUGAACCCAAAACCAGACGCCCAGAUCUUACUCGAAGAAGUCUUUGGACCAGUGUCUGUGGUCAUGACGUUCAGGACAGAGGAAGAAGUCCUGGCGCUUGCAAACGACACAGAGUUUGGUCUAAUGGGAGGUGUCUUUACCAGGGAUAUCACUCGUGCGCUGCGUGUUUCGGCGAAAGUGGAGUCGGGGGUAGUAGGAAUCAACUGUAUAAGCGUCAUGAACCUCCAAGUCCCCUUUGGGGGGAAGAAGUCGUCGGGAAUAGGCAGAGAAUUUGGUGAAUACGCUUUGAGAGCUUUUACGGAACCAAAAACCGUUUUAAUAAACAUGAACGCAUAGGAGAGGCCGAAGGGGGAGGAAAGCGGAGGCUCUUGCCAUAUAUGCAUGUACAAGAUACUUAGAAUCAAUCGUGGAAUGACCAUCACAGGGAUUUGGGAAGCCAAAGACUUUGCAGACGACAUCCGAACUUCUGUUUGUUUGACGUAGUUAGCUAUUAUCACCUGCUAAAUCGUAUCACG